AUGGAGGUGACGUUCCUCGGGACGGCGUCCUGCGUGCCGUCGAUCACGCGGGGCGUGAGCUGCACGUCGCUCCGCUACGACGGGACGACGUGGCUCUUCGACGCGGGCGAAGGGUCGCAGAUCCAGGUCCAGCGGAGCCACCUCGUCCACCCGGGCAAGGUCGACGCCAUCUUCGUCACGCACCUCCACGGCGACCACAGCUUCGGCCUGCCGGGGCUCAUGUGCCUCAUCGGGCAGAACCGCGUCAAGGGCGACGCGCCCGUCGAGGUCUUCGGGCCCCAGGGCCUGCGGCUCUACCUGCGGGCGUCGCUGAAGCUCACGCACGCGCGCGUCGCGGCGCCCUACGUCGUCCACGAGCUCGUGGGCGUGCCGCUGCUCGCGCCGCCGGGCUUCCGGCCGCCGCCGCCGCCGUUCAAGCAGUCGGAGACGCAGCUCGAGCGCAACUUCCUCGCGGACCCGGACAAGAACUUCGGGGAGCAGCGCGGCGGGCGGGACAUCCGCCCCGACGCCGACGGCGCCUGGACCCUCGCGCCCCGGGGCGCGCUCGCGGUCCGCGCCGCGCCCAUGCGGCACACCGUGCCGUGCGUCGGCUACGUCUGCGUCGAGCCGGACAAGGCGGGCACGCUAGACGUGGCCAAGGUCGAGCCCAUCCUCGCGCGGAACGCGGAGGCGUUGAAACAGGCGGGCGUCAAGGAGCCGAAGCGCAUCUUUCGGCUACUGAAGGACAUGGCCAGGGACCAAACGUUCACGUUCCCGGACGGCACGGCGCUGAAGCGGUCCGAGUGCGUGGGCGAGGACAAGCCCGGGCGCGUCGUCGUGAUCUGCGGCGACACGGCGGACGCGUCGGCGCUGCUCCCGCUGCUGCCGCCGCGGGGCGCGGACGUCGUCGUCCACGAGGCCACGAACGCAAGGUUGGAACCCUGGGACGCGGACAAGACGGACGCCGAGGUCGCCGAGGCGACGGCGGCCCACGGCCACAGCACGCCGACCAUGGCCGCGAAAUUCGCGAGCCUCGCGGCGGCGAAGUGCCUCGCGCUGACGCACUUCUCGCCGCGGUAC